AUGUUGCAAAUAUUUCUAAUCGGAUCAAUAUCUGGAAUUAGUUAUUUCAUGAUUGAAUGCUCGAAAAAGAAUAAAAAUGUGCGAAAUAAUAAGAAAGAGGAGUCGGUGAAGGAAAAAGAAGCACAAAUCAAAAUCUAUCGAAAUGAGAAGACAAAUCUGAUAUCACCAGAAACUUAUGCGGAACUUGUAAAACAGUUGGACCUCGAAUAUAUGAAUUGUUUGUGCGUCUCGAGGAGGGAAUUUGAUUCUUAUCAAUUUAGAAAAAACCUCAAGUUUGCCUCAUUUGAUGCGUUUGAUGCAAAUCCAACUUUGAAUCGAUAUGCCGAAUUGAAAUGUAGAGAUAGUUCUCGAGUUGUUCUUGAAAAUCGAAAAAAUGAUUAUAUCAAUGCUUCAUGGGUAGUUUGUGAUCACAAAGAAUAUCGAGGAAAAAAUAUAUUGACACAAGGUCCACUCAAUCAUACAUCUCCUGAUUUUUGGGCAAUGAUUUAUCAAGAGAAAGUUGAAUAUAUUGUGAUGUUUUGCUCAUUUAUUGAAAAAGGAGUCGAACAAUGUGCACAAUAUUAUCCAACUAAAGAAGGAAUCGAGAAAUAUGAUAAUUUCGAGGUAAAAUAUGUGGAUAAAGAGAAAGAUCCAGUGGAAGGUGUAACUUGGACUGUUUUACAUUUGAUUAACAAUACUGGAAAUGAUACGAAACCAAGAACAAUUAAUCAUAUUUAUGUAUCUUGGUGGCCAGAAAAUACAGCACCAAAAAAUCCGAAAUUAACAGUUGAAUUAUAUCAAUGGUUGAUGAAAAAGAACGAAACACAUAUCCCAAUGGUAUUUCAUUGUAAUAAUGGAAUUGGAAGAUCUGCCACAUUUAUGGCUAUCUAUUUUUUCACUCGAAUUGAUAUCUCAACCUGGAAGGAAACUAGAUGUAAAUAUGGUAAGUGAUGGUUUAUCAUGGAAGUGCUCUGAAAUUAAACGUCUGGUGAAACAUGCUGAAAACCAUUUUAAGCAUAAUCCAUCCAAAGUUAGUCUCAGAAACCCCUUUCUUGUAGGGAGAGAAACUCUAAACACUUUUUUUUUCAGAAAUGCACAAUAUUUUUCUCGAAGCUCUUCACUAUUUUCGAUAUGGCGCAAUCGAAACACCACUUCAAUAUUCAUUUUUCAUUUGUUGCUUAUUCGAACUAUUCAUUCAAGAAGGUCGAAUUGAAAGAUCUCAAGAUAUCCGUGAACUUAUGGGACAUUAUAAAAACUAUGCGCGACAUGUUCGAGAAAUGGUCAAAGCUGGAAAAGAAGUCACCAUCGAGAAUACUAAAAAACCACAACCAACAACUUCUUGUUAUGAAUUGUCUGAGUUUUCUCUUGAUGAAUGA